AUGUAUUCCAUUGUUCCUGGUUGGUAUUUUGGUCGCUCCGUGCAUUUUCACAUCAAGGUGUACACUGGGGGAAAUGGUUCGGUUGCCGACAACGGGACGUUUAUCGCUGGGAGCGCCGUCCACACCGGUCAAUUUUUCUUUGUAGAUGACUUCAUUGCGAAAGUCGGGAAUACGACACCAAUGAUACAACACCAACACGGUCACUCGCGUCUACAAUGCAGAUGA